ACACAAACUUGGAAAGCUAUCUCACAUUUCCCAAACUCGAUUGAUCGAGAAGCUGGAUUGCAGUCUCGUAAUGGCGGCAGAAAUCGCUGUUGCAGAAGAAACUCCGAAACCGUCGAACGACAACAGCAAGCUGCUUUCUUCGUAUCUCGGCCUUAGCUUCGCCAUUUUUCUAGGGUUUAUCCCGAGAGCCUCAUGGUCCUUGGUCUCCACGCUGCAGGCUCGGAAUAGGAACCUGGCCAUGAAGCUGUUCCAGGCGGAGGAGCAGAUUAGGCAGAUGAAGUCCAGGAGGAAAGAGGAUUCAAAAGCCAACGCCAGGGUGGUCGAGAUCUUCGCCAGUCAUCGGAAUACGUGGCAGCAGGAGGAGAAGAAGCUGUUGCAGCAAAUCGAGGCUUCUGCGGAGGAAAUCGCGCAUUUGAGGGCCAAGGUUGAUGAAUUAGAGAAGAACGAGGUUGAAUUGAGGAUGUGUAUCGACAAGUUGCAGAGGGAGGUGGAGGAGAGGGAGGACAUGAUUAGCUUGAUGUCAAGGAAGACGGAAGAUGAGGAGUACGCUGUCGGAUCGGUUGAGAGGCUUGAAACUGACAAGGAUUCAGAGAUUGGAGGGUAUGAAUCACAGGACAGAGGAGGUUAUGCCAGGUGUGUGGAGGAUAAUGGGUUAUUCGGUGAUUACUCUGCGGAUUUCACCAGGUUUGGCAAGUUCAGGGUUUCGRAGGGGUUGGAUCCCAUUUCAGAGGAGUGCUUCUUGGAGAGAAAUAGCGAAGCUGACGAAAUGGCCCUUCUUUAUUCGCAGCAAAAUGGCUUCAGUCAAGAUUUCUUGCCUUCGGCGUCGAAGCUGUGGGCAGAGAGGACGAACAGCUGGAAGGAUUUACAGUAUGGAUCCCUUGAAUCAAUGUAUAAUGUGAAGCAUUUUGUGGCCAGAAGGGAGUCCCCCUGGAAGGUGGAUGGCGAAUCAUCGGGAGUUUCCUCUAAGUUGAAAUUUCUCGAGCAGGAAUUACUGAAUUUGGAAAAAAUUGGCAAAAGCGAGCAAUCAAAAGUUCCUCAAUUGAUGAGAAAGCAAGCCAAAAGAUAUCAAGCUCUGGCAGGAAAGAUAGAUGAUUUAUGCAGAAGAAUGCAAGCAAGUGAUCCUUGCGAGCCGACUCUCAGCCCAGAGUUCCGAACGCAACGACAAACGGAGUUCUUGCUUGAAGCAUUUCGCCUUCAACAACGUGCAGUGGAGACUGGGCAAAAAUUGAUUGCAGUACAGACAGAAACAGCAAGGAGCCAAUUCGGGGACGAGCUUGGGGGGCAAGCCAAGGUAACAACAAGACGGUCCUUGGAUUCCAUUAGGAACAACUUAAGAGAAAUCCAGAGAAAUUUGGAAAUUUGGCUGGCAAGAAUUAUGGGUGAUCUGGAAGGUAUCCUUGCCAGAGAUGGUGCAUCUCGUGUAAGGGAAUAUUAUAUUUCUAGAUACCCAUUUGUUCGAUAAAAGUCCACAAUGAUGGCUCCUAACCCAUGUUCAAAGAGUAACCAUUUAUCUCAACUGGUCGGGGCAGUGGAGAUUGUAACCGUAAAAUCUGUUGCAGUUAUAGAACCUCACAGAUAGACUAUUUUAGAGUGGGUUACUGGGUAUCCUGUCUAGGACUAGGAACCAACAUAUGUCCAAAAGAUAGACUUGGUCGGAUUACCCUAUCCAGCGAAACCUCUCAAAAAAACUGAACACAGGACCUGGUAUCCUCGAAUCAGGCCUCUUUAUUUUGAGCCCCGGUGGGACCCAAUUUGAAGGGUCCUAAUCCAGUGCAUGUGAUCGUCAUGUGCACACACAAAGGCAGUACCCAAGUGGGGUAGUCAUUCUGUUCCACUUCCACUCUACACAACAGCGAGGGGAGUUGAGAGGGGGGGACCCUUUGCCCUUUGUCGGAUACUUUCUGAAACUGGACAUAUGAGCUUUAAAAUUGUGCAGGCACUGAAGAGGGGUGUGUGGGACAGGAAAGGGACGGGUGAUGAUGUUGGACUAACUUGGCUUUAAUUAAGUAAUAUAAAUGGUUGUUGUUUGUUUUGGGUGGUUGCCUCAUUGCCUGUAAUAUCAGUAGUAAAAUGGGUUGGGAGCUGGAAGUUAUUACUUUCGAUCUGAUGGCUUGAUAGUUAUCCCACUGCUACAUUAAAAGCAAGAGUAAUUGAUUUGAUGGGGUUAUGACACGUCGCGAGCAUUUGAUGAAUGGGAGUCAAAAGACUGAUUAGACAGAUACUUACCGAAAAAGGAAGGCUGAUUGACAGACGUGACACUCUCUUGCAGAGCUUAGUUACUUUACCAGUCACACCCACCACUGGGAAAUGAGUGAAAGCAUUAAAAGGGAGCCGGUGGAGAAUAAUCAAAUCACCGCUCUAUAUUUUCACCUGUCGCAGUGAUGCACUGAUGCAAACGCGGAAGGCUACCGGAUCUGGUUGUUUUGGAGAUGCGAGGUGAAGGGCCCAAGCCCAACAGUUGAUAAUGCUGGAUUGGCUGUUGCAGACUUCUGGGGUAGUGAGAGUGCCUCUCACAAAUAAUCGCCUGUUGCGUGGGCACUGGGCGGACGUUCAGAUACUAUCCCACUUCGAGUUAGAAGAGUUACUGAUCCUGCAUGCUCCAACCGUCAAUACGAAGAGUUAAAUACUUCACCUGAUCGAGACCGUUGAGCACUUCAACAAUCACAUAACCCGUUCCAAACUUUCAAUGCUCCAAUUAUAUUUCCAACGCUCUAGGACUUGGCUAAUCGGCAUGAUCAAUGUGGGUGUCCAACUGUCGAUCAUUUCCAGUUAUGAGUGAGAUAGCCACCUAGGGACCCAGACAGACUGCUCUGUAGGUCUUGUGGUCCAAGGUCUAAUGCCGAUUUUAUGAAUUCAUGUCUCUACUUCAAGACCUUUUUUUCUUGGUAGCCCUCAACUGUUCCCUCGAAGUUAUUAGUGAUGUGAUAGGUCCUGUAUCACCAUCUAUUAUACACACCUUUGUAUUCUGUGCAGAAAAAAAUCUUAUUUGGAUACUUGAGGUCAUUAUCGAUA